UUGAGUAGUUUUGGUGUGUAAAAUUGUUUUAUAUUUUAGAAAGAAAAUAUUUUUAAGGAAAAUGACUGCAUUGAAAUUUCGUCAACUUAUUGACAUGGCAAUUGGUACUCCAGAACCUGGUCACGUUAAUUUUUCUGCGCUUCAUUGUUUGCUCACUUGUAUUGCCGAAAAAUUAGGAAUUACAGAUGAAAUAGUCGACUAUUCCAAUAAUGAAACUGAAACGGUUUGUUGUUGCAAUAAAGGAUCAAAUUUGGAUUUACUUCGAAAAUCACGACUCUUUGGUGGUACUAAUCCAGAUGAAGAAAAGUCUAAAAUUGACCCUACAGAACCACCACUUGAACCAGAAGAUUCUGCCAAUGCCGAUGUUACGCCAGUCCAAGAUUUAGAUGAUUCGACAUUAAAUAUGCCAUCUGAAUAUACAAAAUCCAACAUAAUGCAGAAUGAAAUAAUAGAUAAUAUUCCCGAACUAGAGCCUGUUGUUGACAUUCUAAGUCCGACGACAUCAAGAAGUUCUACUAAAUCUCACACAAAAUCUUUGUCAUCCCAGUUGUCAGCGCACAAACAGCACGAACGCAUUUCGAAAAUUGAAGCGUCAGCACAACAAAUUUCAUUACCAAAGGAACUUUCAUCAGGAAUAGCAAUAAUGAAGGACCAACUUGAAUUUGUAAUGGAACAGUUGUUGCUUCUGACAUUCCUUACUUUGAGCAAAAAACCUGAUACUCAACAAAUCCAAAUACUCCAUACAAUGGCUCAGGCACUACGUGAAAUUAAAAAAGAUAACAUCUAUAUACAAGGGUCUAAUCGGCUACAGCUUCCCACAGUGCCAUCUCUUAAUUGGCGAUCUUCUGGUUUACAACUGAACGAAGAUUUGUCGGAAAAUGAUAUUUUAGAAACUCAGAAUUCUGGCUCUGCACAUACACAUACUAUUGAAGCUCAAUCGGCUUAUCAAGAUGAACUUGAGGGUCAUCUGUGUUAUUCUCCGGAAAAACUUCUCGACCAAAUGAUGCAACUAAAAAGUGAAUUUUGCCUUUUAGCGAACAAAGUAAAUGAGCUUUCCUCACAUUUACUACAGCAGGAAAGCCAUCGUACGCUUGGCCUUAUUCACGAAAUUCAAGAACAAAUACGAGAUAUUAAACUGACAACUAUUAACUUAAAAGAAACCCAAAGUCGUUUGGACGGACGUCUCAGCAGUAAUCAGAGUAACAUCGAGAACAUGAAGAUAAACAUUGAAGAGCUAAUUGCGGAGAAAGUGGAUAAAACUCAGUUGGAAAUUCAACUGGCCGAUAAAGUGGACUACGUCCAACUGCAGCGAAAGGUAUCACUAGAUCAAUUAUUGGAAUUGCAGUGCCGGAUUGAUAAGAAAUUUUGCGAAAUGUUGCGACAAAUCAACGAAAACUACAAAAAGUUCUCACAGAUCACUGAUAAUUUAAACGAAACUUUAGGAUUUGCUGCCAUCGAUGGAAUUUUGAAAGCCUUUAAAGAAAAUAUUACCAAGGAUGUUCAAGCGCUACGCGAAUUGCUCAAAAACUAUAUCGAGUCGACAAAUGACGAUUGCGCUGCUGCAGGCGCUCGCAUUAAAGUGCUUCAAGAUCUCGCAUGUUUGUCUUGCGACACCAAUUGCGUCAUGCGUACAAUGGAAAAGGCAAAAGUGGCUAAAUUACCCAGUGCCCAUGCUUCAAAUAUUUUAAGUCCACUUAUAACAUACGAAUUGGGCUCCAUACGAAAGUCCGGUAUAAUGGGUUACUAUCGUAAAGAUGAAUUUCCCCAUGCUACAGAUGCUUGGCUGGCUCGUCAGUCUAAUGGCUUGAAUGAUUUAAAGCAGUGCUUCCCACGACAUGCAGGCGGACAGCAUACCACAAAUAAUGCUAAAGAGCGCGUUGAAAAAAUGUCAAAUCGAAAAUAACAUGUCACACCCAACUUUCACGCAUUUGUUUCAUUAAUUAUUUGAAUAGAAAGAAGU